AAACACUCACCGCCUCCAUGUUGGAAAGAACACAUAUUAACGAUUCCCUUUUUAAUAUAAGAUACACUGAAAAAGCAGGAUUCAUUUAUCAUAGCUAUAUAGUUACUGAAACGUUAACCCAGCGACUGAGGAUACAGAGGAGAAAGCUGUUUUUUCCUUUACAGAACGAGCCUCUGUGCCAAUGCUGGAGCGAUCUUCUGGCUUUCAGCAGGCUCACCUUUUUAUUUUUUCGUUAUUUUAUUUUGUUGUUUGUAUACGUUUAGGCAACACCGGUGCUUGAUGUUGAUCAAAAAGGGUUGUCUGCGCUGAAGCGGUGUUUGCUAUUUGACCACUGAUUGCGAGCAAGCUGGACUUGUAGAAAAUAGCUAGUCAUAGCUAGCGGUUGUUUAAAAAGAAUAAGUGAAUAAAAAGGAAUAACACCCGUUUCCAUGGACCACACGUCCAUAAUUACCCAGGUUUCUAACCCAAAGGAGGAGGAGAUAAUUUCUUCUAGUCAAGAAAAAGUCUCCCAGUCAAACAGCAGCUUGAAGAAGCAGCGCAGCAGGAGUAUCUUCAGCACUUUCUUCUGCUGUUUCCAAAACUACAAUGUGGAGCCUCCAUCCACGAACAACAACAUCAGCUCCCUCCCUCCGCCUGUGGAGGAGAAUGGGACACUUCCCAAGUGUGCCCAGGUCCAGGUUAGCCCCAGCCCCAGUCCUCCCACCAAAUACCUUCUACCUGAGAUGAAGAUAUCUGACUACGGCAAGAAAUGUGUGGUGAUCGACCUGGAUGAAACCCUGGUGCACAGCUCAUUCAAGCCCAUUAGCAAUGCUGAUUUCAUCGUGCCAGUGGAGAUCGAUGGGACCGUUCAUCAGGUGUACGUGCUGAAGAGGCCACACGUAGAUGAGUUCCUGCAGAAGAUGGGGGAGCUGUUUGAAUGCGUGCUCUUCACAGCCAGUCUAGCCAAGUAUGCGGACCCUGUGGCAGACCUGCUGGAUCGUUGGGGGGUGUUCCGGGCCCGCCUCUUCAGAGAGUCCUGUGUGUUCCACCGUGGGAACUACGUCAAAGACCUGAGCCGCCUGGGGAGAGAGCUCCGCAAUGUCAUCAUAGUGGACAAUUCCCCUGCAUCCUAUAUCUUCCACCCAGAAAACGCAGUCCCUGUGCAGUCGUGGUUUGAUGACAUGGCAGACACAGAGCUUCUGGACCUACUCCCUUUCUUUGAGGGGCUAAGCAGAGAGGAGGACGUUUACAGUGUGCUGCAGAACCUCAGGGCAAGGUAGCGGAGCAUCUGCCCCUGAUGGCUGACCUCUCCUCUCACCCCCCCCCAUCCCCCCCCCCCCCAGCGUGACUCAGGUCCUCUCCUGCUACAGCUUGAAGAGGACCGCAGAGUCACUCCAUGGAAAACCGCCCCUUCUGCCCCUGGAUUAUUAAACAUAUAUAUU